AAGAUACUGAAAAUCAAUCAUAAUCAAAAUAAACGCGGAACUUGGAUUUAGAAACAAAACAAAAAUCAUGUGGAUUAGUUGCCAUGCCGUUACAAUUCUUUUCCUUUCACAUUUUGAUGUUUUAUUUGCGGAAGUCUUCGAAACACAUUUGCGCGGGCCGGGGUUCGUAAUGGAGCCGCCUGGGCGCGUUGAAUUUUCCAACUCUUCAGGCGGUUGGCUUGAUUGCUCCGCCUCGGGUAGUCCUCAACCGACCAUUGACUGGGUACAUGCGGAUAGCACUACUGUAACGGAAAUUCAUGGUGUGCGUCGUGUAUUGCGUAACGGUACAAUGGUGUUAUUGCCAUUUCCCGCCGCUGCCUAUCAUCAAGAUGUGCACAAUACAAUCUAUCGUUGUGUGGCAAGCAAUAGUGUUGGACGUGUUGUGUCGCGUGAUGUACAAGUGAGAGCCGUCGUUGCACAAGCUUACAAAGUCGAUGUGGAAGUUUUGUCUGCAUCACGAGGUUGCACCGCCAUUUUGCGUUGUGUAGUGCCGACAUUUGUUAAGGAAUUGGUUCGAGUGGUCUCAUGGGUUCAUGAACCUGCUAUCUACAUAUAUCCAUCGCUGCAAGGAGAUGGGAAAUUUCAUUUAUUACCCACCGGUGAAUUGCUGAUACAUAAUCUGCAAGAGACUGAUGAAUCUCAAUCAUUUCGAUGCCGUAGCAUGCAUCGUUUGACACGUCAAGUUGUCGUUAGUUCACCAACAAGACUGAGAAUUAAUUCACACCGUGGUAUUAUUUCGCCAAGUAUUGUGGAACAUACAGCACACGUGCAAGUAUCUCAAGACGAAGGUGCUGUGUUGUUGUGCGUAGCCCAAGGCUGCCCAUCACCUGAAUACAGUUGGUAUACGCACAACGGUCCAGGACCUUUGCCGGUGUUAAGCGGCCCACGCAUACGCUUAUUGGGACCAAUUUUGGCAAUAGAAGCGGUUACUGGCGAAGAUUCUGGCGUUUACAAAUGUACCGCUAGUAAUGUAGGUGGCGAAGCAAGCGCCGAAUUACGGCUAUCGGUUGCCACACCCAUCCAAGUAGAAAUACAACCAAAUGUGCUUAGUGUUCAUAUGGGCGGCACGGCGGAGUUUCGCUGUUUGGUGACAAGCAAUGGCAGUCCAGUUGGUAUGCAAAAUAUACUAUGGUAUAAAGACGGCCGCCAAUUGCCGUCGUCAGGACGCAUUGAAGACACUCUAAUAGUUGCACGGGUUAGCCGAGAAAAUCGUGGCAUGUAUCAAUGCGUUGUCCGGCGACCUGAAGGUGAUACCUUUCAAGCCACUGCCGAAUUACAACUAGGAGAUGCACCUCCUGUUUUACUAUAUAGUUUUAUUGAGCAAACAUUGCAGCCAGGGCCAGCAGUAAGUUUAAAAUGCUCAGCAGCCGGAAAUCCAACACCACAAAUUUCAUGGACAUUGGACGGAUUUCCUCUUCCAUCAAACGGAAGAUUUAUGAUCGGUCAAUAUAUAACGGUGCACGGUGAUGUUAUUAGUCAUGUCAACAUUAGUCAUGUGAUGGUGGAGGACGGCGGUGAAUACGCUUGCAUUGCUGAGAAUCGUGCAGGCAAAGUACAACAUGCCGCACGAUUAAACAUUUAUGGUCUCCCUUAUAUACGCUUGAUUCCUAAAGUUACUGCAGUUUCGGGGGAAACCUUAAAUUUAAAAUGUCCGGUGGCCGGUUAUCCUAUUGAAGAGAUACAUUGGGAACGCGGAGGACGUGAACUGCCCGAUGAUAUACGCCAACGUGUUCAGCCGGACGGGUCGUUGUCUAUUAGUCCGGUGCAGAAAAAUACCGAUUCAGGUGUUUAUACUUGCUGGGCACGUAACAAACAAGGCCACAGUGCUCGACGUAGCGGAGAAGUAACUGUAAUCGUUCCGCCAAAAUUGAGUCCCUUCCAAUCGUCGCAAUUGCAACUAAAUAUGGGUGAUCGCGCCUCGUUAACAUGUUCGGUGGUAAAGGGUGAUCUACCAUUAACGAUUAAUUGGCGCAAAGAUGAUCGACCGAUAGAUACGACGCAGCACAUGUCGGUGAAACAAGUCGAUCAGUAUAAUAGUAUACUGGUUAUUGAGAAUUUAGGCUCCGAUCACACAGGCAAUUAUUCUUGUGUAGUUCGAAAUUCAGCAGCCGAAGUGGAAAAUUCACAAUCGUUGUUGGUGAACGUACCGCCACGUUGGAUCGUGGAGCCCACCGAUGCAAAUGUUGAACGCAAUCGGCACAUAAUGUUGCACUGUCAGGCCCAAGGUGUACCCACUCCCAGUAUUGUUUGGAAGAAAGCAACGGGUAGUAAGUCGGGUGAAUAUGAAGAGGUGCGCGAAAGGCCAUUCACUAAAUUGCUAUCAAAUGGAUCAUUAUUAUUGCAACAUGUAAAAGAAGAUCGUGAAGGCUUCUAUUUGUGUCAAGCAAAUAACGCCAUCGGAACCGGUAUAGGAAAAGUUAUACAACUUAAAGUUAACUCGUCUCCAUAUUUUUCAUCAACUUCACGUUCAGUGGCGGUAAAGAAAGGUGAUUCCGCCCUCUUGCAGUGUACAGUGAGCGGUGACAAACCGAUUAAUAUUGUAUGGAUGCGUUCGGGUAAAAACACUUUGAAUCCAUCGACAAAUUACAAAAUAUCAGUGAAACAGGAAGCGACACCUGAUGGGGUGUCAGCAGAAUUGCAAAUACGUUCGGUAGAUGCGACUGAUAGCGGUCCAUAUUUUUGCAGAGCUAGCAAUUUAUAUGGUAACGAUCAACAAUUGGUGCAACUGCAAGUUCAGGAACCACCGCAACCCCCAUCAGUCCUAGAAGCUACGAUGAUUUCAAGCCGUUCCGUUAAUUUAAAAUGGCAACCUAAGUCUCAGAAUGUUGUCGAUGUAUCUAAAUAUAUAGUGGAAUUUAAGGAGGUCGAUACUUCACAUUUUAUUGAACAAUGGCAGCAUGUGGAUAUUAAAGAUCCACCAAGUUACAACGCAUUGAUAGAAAAUCUGAAACCGGCCACACGAUACGCAUUCCGCGUUAUAGCCGAGGGUACGGCCGGUCGCAGUGCUCCUAGUCAAGAAUUAAUAUUGCGGACCGAACCGCAAAGACCGGCUGGAUCUCCAUUAAACCUUUCGGUGAGGCCUCUUUCAUCGACCGAGCUAUUGGUCAGCUGGAUUGCUCCUCUGGCCGAACUUAGGCAUGGUGAUAUUCAGGGAUACAAUGUAGGCUAUAAACUGUCUAGCUCUGGCAACACUGCCUACAAUUUUACAUCGGUGUCAGGUGACGGCGAUGGUGGUACUGGUGAACUGUUACUAACAGGCUUGCAAAAAUUUGCUCGUUAUAACGUUGUUGUACAAGCUUUCAAUCAAGUUGGUCCUGGCCCGCUUUCGGAGGCCGCCUCAGCUCAAACUAUGGAAGAUGUUCCUAGUCGUCCACCAGAAGAUAUACGGUGCGCGGCCUUGACUUCACAAUCACUGCAAGUUUCUUGGCAACCCCCUCCUAUUCAUCACACUAACGGCUUACUCCAAGGCUAUAAAUUAAUAUAUGAACCCAUUCUCGAUGACUAUUCACCUAGUAAAGAUGAAGUUGAGUCACGAAAAACCACUGCUCUAACUACUGUUCUCACUGGUUUACGUAAGUACACCAACUACAGUAUACAAGUUUUAGCUCACACACGAAUGGGAGACGGUUCGCUUUCCAAUCCUCUUUACUGCCACACCGAGGAAGACGUACCGGAAGCUCCGGCUGAUAUUAAGGUAGUUGUAAGUUCACCCCAAUCUUUAUAUGUUUCAUGGUUGCUACCUACUGAACCUAACGGCGUUAUAACCAAAUAUAAUCUGUACACUCGUGUAGUAAAUGGUCAUGAAGAAUUGAACAAUGAGAAACGAAGUCUCCCUUCUCAGCAAGCUUAUUAUGAAGCCAAAAAUUUACAUCCACAUAUUGAAUAUCAAUUUUGGGUAACAGCAUCUACACGAGUUGGAGAGGGUAAGAGUUCGCGAGUUGCUUCACAGAUUACAACAAAUCGAGUGCCAGCUCGAAUUGUCUCCUUUGGUGGUCCAAUUGUGCGCCCUUGGCGAUCAACGGUAACAUUACCUUGCACGGCUGUCGGUAAACCAAAACGGGAAUGGUUUAAAACUGAUAUGCCGCUAAGGCAAGGCGGUCUACAUAAUUCUCAAUUGCUUGAUUCCGGAGAUUUAAUCAUCUCCAAUCUUCAAAUUUCGGAUAGCGGUAAUUACAGUUGCCAAGUCGAUAAUGGUAUCGGUACCGAUCGUUUAACGCACACGUUGCUUGUACAAGUACCGCCAUCAGCCCCUGUUUUAUACGUAACUAGCGCUACUUCAAGUAGCAUUUUAAUGCAUUGGAAAUGCGGAUUUACGGGCAAUGCACCGAUCACUGGUUAUACAUUAUAUUAUAGGCGAGCUUCGGGAAAUAUGGAAGAGAUGCAAUUAUCGCGACAUGCAUCCAGCCACGAAUUGAAAGGUCUUGUUUGUGGGAGCACGUAUCAAAUACAUUUAACAGCUCAAAAUAAAGUCGGUAUAUCACCAGCCAGCAUUACCUUACAUGUACGUACUCAGGGUCAGUCACCGGGAACACCUUCUACUACUACCCUAAUUGCUCCCAAUUCCACUUCAGUCCUAAUCAGACUGCACACUUGGCCCGACAAUGGCUGCCCUAUGUUAUAUUUCGUUUUGCAGUAUCGGCCAGUUACAGACGCGGUCGAACGUGAUUGGAUAUUGGUGUCCAACGCUUUGAAACCGCAACGUCGUUUUACUAUAUCUGGUCUGCAGUCAUCGACUUUAUAUCAAUUGCGUAUGGAAGCCCAUAAUGUGGCGGGCGUUUCAGAGGCAGAAUUCAGUUUUGUUACGCUGACGAAGGAAGGCGAUCCGCCACCACCAGAAAUAGUACAACGAGGACAACGUGGAUCGAAUGUGUUUUACGGAAAUGUCAACCUGUUAAUACCAAGCAUAGCCACCUUGUCGGGCAUGAUUUGUACCCUAGCGUUGGUUUUUAUGUGUUACAGACACAGUGAGUAUAACAAUAAUGUCAAAGAACAAUAUACUUCAAUUCAAUGCGCUACAUGCAUACGCAUACGUGUACUUGUACGUGCAUAUACAUAUAUAUAGCUCUCGUAUGCAUGAUAGUUGUGUACAUAGAUGUGUAUUUGAAUUACUA